CUCAAGGCUCUCCCUGUCCCUCUGCAGUAGCGACACGAAGGGACGCUCGCUUCCUCCAAAGAUCCCACGGCGCAGUGCCCCCAGCACCCCCGCUGGUGCGACAGCCUGCAGCACGCACGGGGUGCGGACCCCUGAGUCAUGGAGCCACCGCCGGGGCCACCUCCAUCCAGCCGAUCCCUCCUCCGUGGCAUCCUGCAGGCGCUGGCAGAGGCGCUGGGCGAGCCCAGGCGGGCCUUUCCCCGGACCAGCCCAGGCUUGAGCGUCGGGGCUGCGCACAAGCGGGAGUAAACAGCAAGCGUGAGCGCGCGGAGCCGCCGCCGCGCGCGCUAGGCUGGCGGGGACGGGAUGAGGACCGUGCCGGGGAUGCCCACCAGCAGAGCCACCCCGGCCCCGAUGAGACCACCGCUUCUGCCACUGCUCGUCCUGUGGGUGCCGCGGCUCCUGGGAACCCUGGCAGAGGGCGAGGGAUGCAAUCGGACAGCGCGGGCAGGGGCAGAGGGACAGGAUGCACCCGGUGACAGAGGGAUGCUCCUGAACCUCAGUGUGAGUGACCGUGGCCGCUCGGACUCCCUCCUUCUCUCCUGGGAUGAGCCGGAGGGGGGUGCCGAGGGAUAUUCGCUUGCCCUCUCCUCCCUGGGGUCGGUCACAGUGCUGCAGAAUGGAUCUGCGGGACCCAACGCCACCAGUUUCUGGUUCCACGGGCUGACCCCUGGCAUGUACUACGAGAUCGAGGUGACAGCCACGCUUCCCUGCAUGGGCACCGCCAGGGAGACGGUCACAGCGCAGACAAGUCCCUCACCCGUCCGCAACCUGACCCUGAGCAGCAGCGGGAGCUCGGCCGUGCUGCACGCCUCCUGGGAGCAGGCCAGCGGGCAGCGGGACGGCUACCACCUUGCCCUCUACCACGGCGAUUCCCAGACACUCGUGAGAAAUGUGUCCGUCCUGCCAAACGCCUCCACCUUCCUGUUCGAUGGGCUGCUGGCCGGCAGCGAGUACGCCCUGAAGGUCAGCACGCUGGCUGGACCCAGCCAGGCCAGCACCAGUAUCCACCAGUGGACAGCACCCUCCAUCCCCACCCAGUUGAGGCUCAGCCCCGGCUCCAGCACCAGCCUCUUGGCUUCCUGGGCGGGCGCUGGGGGGGCCGCCUGGCUGCACCUCGUGCUCCGCAACCUCCUCACGCAGACGGUAACCAAGACCCUGUCGGCCAAGAGAGGUCUCACCAGCUACACCUUCCAGCACCUCCACCCCGGCACCCAGUACUGGCUGGGGCUGAGCGCCGUGGCCGGGCCCUACACCGCGGAGGGGCCCAACGCCACAGCCUGGACGUACCCCCUGAGCCCCACCAACGUGACCCUGAGCAAUGCAGAGGAGCAGAGCUCCUUGCAGGCCCACUGGAGCACCCCGGCUGGAGAGAGGGAUUUCUACCUGGUGACGCUGCGGGAGGCAGAGGACGGCGCUCCGGCCAGGAACAUCUCCGUCGGGGGAGACAGCGGUCACGUCACUUUCCACGGGCUGAGCCCUGGCAAGCAAUACUCUGUCCAGGUGACAGCGGUGGCUGGCCCUUACCGGGCUUCUGCCCACAGUGCAGCAGCCUGGACACAGCCACUGGCACCGUCGGGCGUGAGCCUGUCCAGCCGGGGCAGCCCCUACAGCCUGCUAGCCAGCUGGGAGGAGGCCAUGGGAGAGGGCUACCUGCUGGUCCUCGGCCCCGUGGAGCACCCGGGAGAGAACAGCUCGCUGCUCAGAGGUGUCACCAACUUCACCUAUGAGGGCCUGCGUCCUGGGACCCUCUACACCUUUGAGGUCAGCACUGUGGCUGGCCCCUACACAUCCGCACCCCGGCGCAUCACCAACUGGACACAUCCUUUGCCCCCGGAGCAGCUGACCCUCAGCAGUCGGGGCCACAGCACCUCUCUGCAAGCCUCCUGGAGAGCAGCUCCUGCUGGCAACACCGGCUACGCAGGCACCCUCCGGGAAACCAAAUCCCAGGAGCAGGUCGGGAACAUGUCUGUGGGGAACAACUGGACAAACGUCACCUUCGAGGACCUGGUCCCGGGGCGACAGUAUACACUGGAGAUGGCUGCUCUGGCUGGGCCUUACAGAUCCAGCGUGCGAUCGGCGACGGAGUGGACAUAUCCACUGGCUCCAUCUGGCGUGACCCUGACCAACUCCCGGCGCCCACUGGGACUCUCAGCCUUCUGGGACAAGGCUGCCGGUGAUGUGGACCAGUUCCACCUCCAGCUCUACAGCAAGAGCCAUCCGAUGCAGAGGAACAUCUCCGUGGGGCCAAACACCCACAACUUCACCUUCCUGGGGCUGUCCCCUGGCAUUCAGUACUUCCUGAAGGUGACGGUCCUCGCUGGCCCGUACAGGUCCUCAUCACACUUUGCCACCGAGUGGACAUAUCCCCUGUCUCUGGCUAAUGUGAGCGCGCAGCCUGGCCGGAGUCCCCAGGAGCUGCACGUGAGCUGGGUGGAGUCAGGCGGAGGCAGAGACCACUUGGUACAGCUCUCGGUGGCUGAGUCCCUGUCCAUCAUCAGGAAUGUGUCUGUCCCCCGCGGAGUCACCCAUCUUGACCUGGAGGGGCUGGUGCCGGGGUCCCGAUACCGGGUGGAGAUCAUUUCACAGGCUGGGCCUCACCGCACCUCCUCUCAGACUGCCAUCGGCUACACGGUCCCACUACCUCCCCUGUCCCUGUCAGCAAGCCCUGUCAGCACUGCCUGGGCUCUGGCUGUGCACUGGGAGACUCCUCCCGGGCAGAGGGAUGGCUACCGGCUCAGCGUGCACGAGGAGGGCUCGUCCUCACCGGCAAGGAACCUGGAAGCAGGGAAGGACAACACCAACAUCACCCUGGGGCGGCUGGCACCAGGGACUUGCUACCUUGUUGGGAUCUGGGCAGUAGCUGGCCCCUACCGCUCCCUCCCCAGGAACACCUCUGGGUGCACAGUUCCUGCUGCUCCGACAAACCUGAGCCUUACCAACCCAGGCAGCUCCUCGGAGCUUCACGCAUGGUGGAACAAGCCCCCCGGCAGGAGGGACCACUACCGUGCUGUUCUGUACAGCCUCACCUCCCGGAGCAGGGAGCGGGUCCAGACCUUGAGUCAGGAUGCCCAGAACGUUACCUGGACUCACCUGGAGGCAGGCAGCAAGUUUGCUGUGCAGGUCUUUGCUGUGAAAGGCUCCUUCGAAGCCUCCUCCACCAACGUCACCCAGUGGACGUAUCCCUUGGCCCCUGCCAACUUCACCCUGAGCAGCCCCUCUGCCUCAGCACUGCGGGCUUCCUGGGCAGCCACGGGGCACGGAGCAGAGGGCUACGUGGUGGAGCUCCACGACACAGCCUCCAGCAGUCGUGCUGGGCACACGGUGCUGGCUGGGGAUGCCAGGAGCCACACCUUCAAAAACCUGAACCCCGGCACCCGCUACAGCGGGGUGGCGAGAGCCACUGCUGGGCCCUACUACACCAGCACCCCAAACCUCACCCACUGCACACGCCCACUGCCCCCCAUUUCUGUGCACUGGCUGAGCACGGGGCACCCCGACAGGCUGAGCAUGUCCUGGGAAGCUGCGGCCGGGGGGCGAGACGGCUACACGCUGACCCUGUACCACACCAGGCUGGGCACCGUGGCAGCUACGGCCUCAGUUGGGAGAGACACCCACAACUUCACCUUCACGGGCCUGGCCCCAGGGUGCCAGUACUCCCUGGAGGCCAGUGCCACGGCCGGACCAUACCAGGCAGCAGCACCCAACGUCAGUGGCUGGACACGCCCGCUGCCCCCGGCUGCUGUCCGCUUGCUGAGCACGGGGCACCCCGACAGGCUGAGCGCGUCCUGGGGAGCCGUGGCCGGGGGGCGAGAUGGCUACACACUGACCCUGCACCACGCCAGGCUGGGCACCGUGGCAGCUACGGCCUCAGUUGGGAGAGACACCCACAACUUCACCUUCACGGGCCUGGCCCCAGGAAGCAAGUAUGUGCUGGAGGUGGUCUCCGUAGCUGGGCCCUACCGGACACCUGCAGGGAACGUCAGCAACUGGACGCAUCCCCUGGCACCCCAAAAUGUGUACAUGACGAACCAAGGGUAUCCCAACAGGCUGAGCGUGUCCUGGAGAGCCGAACCCCACGGACAAGACGGUUACAGGCUCCUCCUGUAUCACUCGGGAUCGGGUAUUUUGGCAGCCAACACAUCUGUUGGGAAAGGCACCAGCAAAUUCACCUUUUCUGGCCUGGCUCCGGGACACAAAUACCUGCUGGAAGUGGUGUCCAUGGCAGGGCCCUACGCAGCCUCCGCAGAGAACAUCAGCGACUGGACAAUCCCCUCAGUUCCCAAAAACCUCUCUGCGGUGGCGGAAGGGAACAACACGAUGCUCAUCUCCUGGGACAGUGUCCCUGGCCAGCAGGACGACUGCCAGCUGUGGCUGCGGGUCCCCAGGAACGGCUCGCUGCCCUCACGGCACGCUCUUACCAAAGGACAAGUCCAGCACCUCUUGCAGGGGCUGGUGCCAGGGAGGAACUACUCCGUCUCCUUGAGCUGCGUGGCCGGGCCCUACUGGAGCAGCACCAAGCCCUUGGCGGUGCCGAUGGAGCCAAACCCAGUGGAGGAUGUGCAAUGCCUACCGGAGUCCAGGAGCCUUUUUUUGAACUGGACCAGCUCUCCGGGAGACGUGGAGGCUUAUGAGGUGGUGACAGAGAGACUCUCCAACAGAGCCCCCGCCUCCAAGUACAUCAUGAGCGUUCCUAUGAGCACGGCCAGGCUGGAGGGGCUGAGCCCAGACUCUUCGUACCGAAUCACGGUCAGCACAGUGGGCAUGAAUGCCAUGAGGAGCCGGGCUGUGCCUCUGCUCUGCAACACAACAGCGGAGGCCCUGCCGCCACCCCUGCGAGCAGACAUCUUCCAGGUAGAGGCCAGCUCCACAGUCGUCAUUUCAUCCGACCUGUUCAGCGAGGAGAAUGGCCAAAUCGAGUACUAUGGCGUCGUCGCUACCACUAAUGAUUCACUGCUGAGGCCCACCCAGGAAACCAUGUCCAGCACGUGGUAUGACCACUACUACGGGACGGAGGACUCCUACCUGGCUGUGCUCAUCCCCAAUCCCUUCCACCCGAGCCCCAGGAGAUCCCCUGAAACCUGGCGAGUGCCAGUGGGAACAGAGGAGUGUGGCCAGUCCAGGGCAACGUGCAACGGGAAGCUGAAAGCCAACGAGCAGUACAGGUUCAGCAUCGCUGCCUUCACCAAGUACGACCCAGUGGCCCCUGCAGUGUCGUUCACCACAUUUUCAGCUGCUCAAGGUGUGGAUGCAACGCCGCUCCCAAUGCCAGUAAUAGCUGGAAUCGUCGUGGGAUUUCUCUUGACGCUCACAGCCAUUUUUGCUCUGGUCUACUGGAAGCAGCUCAGGGCGAGGAGAACACAGAAGAACAGCCUGCCCCAGGAAAUGGUGACCUACAGCUUGAGAAAUGUCCACCGGCCAAUUCCCAUACAGAACUUCAAGCAGUACUAUGAGAUGAAGACAGCAAGUGGUAACCACGCUUUUUUCCAGGAGUUUGAGGAGCUGAAGGAAGUUGGGAAGGAGCAACUGAAGGUGGAGGCCGAGCUGCCAGCCAACGUCUCCAAGAACAGAUACCCACAUGUGCUGCCCUAUGAUCACUCUCGGGUCAAGUUGAGCCAGCUGGGGGAGGAUCCGCACUCAGACUACAUCAAUGCCAACUUCAUGCCUGGCUACACAUCCCAGCAGGAGUUCAUUGUCACCCAGGGGCCCCUGAAAAAAACAAUAGAGGACUUCUGGAGGCUGGUGUGGGAGCAGAACGUCUGCAACAUCAUCAUGCUGACGGUGUGCAUGGAGAACGGGCGGGUCCUCUGUGAUCAUUACUGGCCUUCCGAAUCCGCCCCCAUCUCCUACGGGCAGGUGCGUGUCCACCUGCUGGCGCAGAGCAGCUCUGAUGAGUGGACCUCGCGCGAGUUCAAGCUGUGGCACGAGGGCCUCCAGGCAGAGCGGCACGUGUCCCACCUACACUACACAGCCUGGCCCGACCACGGCAUCCCAGAGUCCACGACGUCCAUUAUGGCCUUCAGGGAGCUGGUCCGGGAGCGCAUCCAGAGCACCAAGGACGCAGGGCCGACCCUCGUGCACUGCAGUGCUGGGGUGGGCCGCAGCGGUACCUUCAUCGCCUUGGACCGGCUGCUGCAGCAGAUGAAGCAGGAGAAGAUGGUGGACACCUUUGGCGUGGUUUACACCUUGCGGAUGAACCGCUACCAGAUGAUUCAGACGCUGUCCCAGUAUGUCUUCCUGCACAGCUGUAUCCUGGACAAGAUCUUGGAGGAACCACUCCUGGGUUUAUCAGGGACAGAGACGUCCUGCCCCAUCCCCCUGAAAAGCUUUGCACAGCACUACGCCCAGAAUGCAGCCAAGUCCAACACGGGCUUCCUGAGGGAGUAUGAGACCCUCCUAGAGGUUGUCAAGGAGGAAGCCAGCUCUGCGACACCAUCUUCAGGCAACCAGCAGACGCGGCCCUCUGCCAGCAUCCUGCCAUAUGAUCGCUCCAGGGUGAAGUUCUCCCUGCUGGAACAGGGCCCUUUCUCAGGUCUCCUGCAGGCGUGGCGCAUCCCGGGCUGCAGCUCCGGCAGAGACUAUCUGGCUGUGCAGGGGCCUGACAAGCUGACCAUGGAGGACUUCUGGACCCUGGUGUGGGAGCAGGACGUUCACACCAUCCUAACGCUUCUGCCGUGGCAGGAGAAGGGGGAGGUCCCAGAUGACGCGUGCUGGCCCCUGGAAGGAGACUCUCUCUGCACAAAGGUGCUGACCAUCCAGUGUGGCACCGAGAAGCCUGUCUCGGGAUGGAGGUGUACCCAGCUCAAAGUGAAACACGAGAAGAAAGGAAAGGAGAGGCAGGUGCAACAGUUCCUGUACACGCUGUGGAGCAGCGCGAAGCAGCCAGACGUCCAGGGCCUGGCGGAGCUCCUGGCUGCAGUCAGACGGUGCGUGCCCAGCCGCAAGAGAGCCGGUCCUCUCCUUCUGCACUGCAGUGGUGGCGUGAGCCAAAUGGGGACGUUGAUCUCCCUGGAUUGCCUCUUGCACCAGCUGAAAACGGAGAGGGUCGUGGAUGUCUACGGGGUGACCCUCCAGCUGACGAGAAGCUGCUGCCUCAUGACCCCCACGCUGGACCAGUACAUGUUCCUGUACACCUGCAUGCGGGACAUCAUCGCUCAGAAGCAGCCCUGACACCACUUGGCACAGCCCGGCACCGUCCUGCCCUCCACCCCUUCAGGGUCCUGGCCGGAGCCAGGGGUGAGAGCACAGCGGGGGUCCUGCAGCGAGAGGGGACCCACCCCAGUGCCACCACCACCGCCGUGUCCCACAUGGUGUCCGCAGAGACGUGGGGUCUCCUGAGCAGACUCGGGCAGCGUUGUCCUGCCCUGCUGCAGUCCCUCGGUGCAGACCCGGCCAGGGGCUGGGUGGGCUGCUCCCUGGUUUGGCCGCUUUGCUGGGAUUCCUGGUGCCUGGAAGGUUUGUUAACCCAACUGCACUCGGUACAGGAGGGGCUGCCCGUGGGCACGGGGCGUGCUGAGGUCUUCAGCACUGCCGUGGGCGGUGGGAGCAGGCUCGUGCCGGCUGAUGGAUCAGCGUUAGGUACAAACAAUAAACAGCCCUAGGAAGGAG